AUGGCAUUAAUUCAAAAUGAAGAUGAUGAAGUUGUACAAUUUGAAAAAAACAUUCCACCAUCAUGGAUGGAUUCUCAACGUCGAAUACAAUUACAACUUGAACAAGUACGCAGUCGAAUGAAAAAAUUACAACAAUUACAUGACAAACACUUGACAAGACCUGAUUUUGAUGAAAAUUCAAGUGAAGAAAAAGAAAUCGAAUCACUUACAAAAGAUAUUACUGCCAUGUUAAAUGGAUGUCAUACAUCUGUUCAACAACUUUCAAGUCAAGCAAAUAAACCACACGUUAAUGUUUAUGAUAAACGUUUAGCUUCCAAUGUUGUUCAAGCUACAGCAAGUGCUUUACAAGAUUUAACUAUUAAAUUUCGUAAAUGUCAAUCGACUUAUCUUCAUAAAUUGAAAUCUCGAAAAGAGAAUUUCAAUCGUAUUAUGCCUGAUCUUGAAAUCGAUAUGCAUUCGAAUCCAUUUGGUGAUCAGAAUGAUCCUGAUAAAAAUUUCGAUCAGAUAUCUUUAACUUCCGAAGAUCAAUUACAAUUAACAUCACAAAAUGUUGAAUUUUUAGAAAAACGUGAUAAAGAAAUUCGUGAAGUAUUAAAAUCCAUUGAAGAUGUUAAUGAAAUAUUUCGUGAUAUAGCAGCACUUAUUUCUAAUCAAGGAACAAUUCUUGAUCAAAUUGAAUAUAAUAUUGAGAAUACUGCUGUUCAAAUUGAACAAGGAAAUAAACAUUUAACUAAAGCUGUUGAACAUAAACAACGUGGUUUAAGAUUUAAAUUAAUAUUGAUUGGUGUUGUUGUAUUAGUUUUAUUAUUUAUUAUUUUCGUUGGAAUUUUAUCUAGAUAA